CUAGAGCCCGCUGAAGCGGCCAGUCUGCAGACAGCACUGUCCAGGUGUGGCUGGUCAGCAGGGCUCCUGGACACUGGCCUUGUCUGAGAGCACCUGAAAGGAAUUUUAACAAUCUCGGAGCAGGAACAUCCACAAGGAGCAGACCACCAGGCAGCAGGUGAGGAAAGAGAAGUUUCCUCGGUGUAGCACGGUGCAGCAAUGGGUAACAACCAUGCAAGCCUGGAUGACAUUCUGGCCGAGGACAUGCACCACUGGUACAACAAGUUCAUGAAAGAGUCCCCAUCAGGCCUGAUAACACUCUUUGAGCUGAAGGCCAUCCUGGGACUGCAGGGCAUGAAUGAGGACGCCAACAGUUAUGUGGACCAGGUCUUCAUCACAUUCGACAUGGAUGGGGAUGGAUAUAUAGACUUUGUGGAGUACAUUGCUGCCAUCAGCCUGAUGCUCAAGGGAGAAAUCAACCAAAAACUAAAGUGGUACUUCAAACUUUUUGACCAAGAUGGCAAUGGAAAAAUUGACAAGGAUGAACUGGAGACAAUAUUCACGGCCAUACAGGACAUCACACGAAACUAUGACGUCGUGCCAGAGGAAAUGGUUACACUUAUAUUUGAAAAAAUUGAUGUCAAUGGAGAAGGUGAACUGACCCUUGAAGAGUUCAUUGAAGGAGCCAAAGGACACCCUGACAUUAUGGAGAUGCUGAGAAAAACGAUGGACCUGACUUCAGUCCUAGUCAUCAUAGUUGAAGGACGACAGAAACCAAACAACUGCAAAUAAGGAUUUACCACAAAGACAAUUCAGAAAACAAAGACAAAGCCCCCACAAUUUUACUUGAAAACCAAACACAGAGAGUAAGUGGACUUUCUUUGGACAAAAGGGUGUAUGUGGCUCAAUCUGUAAGGUUCCUUCAAGAAGCACAAUUUGAGGGAGACAGGUUGGAGAUGUACACUAGACUGAUCUGCUAAUGCUUUAAGAGGUUCAAAGGAGACUGCUGGCAAGACUCACAAGAGAAUGAAUUAAAAGGAACA